AUUUCCAAUUCCUUUCGUAUCGGAUGAAACCGACGAAUGGUGACUUAGGUAUUCAAACGUGCUCACUGGUCAAUCUUCAUUCCUUGCAAUCUCAACCCAUCUUGGUAGUGGGGACUGCGGGGUCUCGACGCUGACAUAGUCGGAGGUUGGCUGUUCGAUGUUCCCCAAUCCACAGCGCGGUGGGUCGGUUCUCUCGUCUGAGAACAACACAAAAACGUCUAGAUGGCCAUGGGGUAAGGAGAGAGGAUUGCAAGGUCUUCCUGGUCUUUACGAGUCGUACGUGCCAAUGGAAAAGAGGCAGUUUAGUUCCCCCAUCCACGGAUCUGGUCCGCCCGCCAGAUUGGGAAGCUGACCCGUCGGGCGACAAGCGACAGCGGUCACAGCAGAAGCCAAAGAACCACGAGGCCAGAUUCCCAUUUAAAGACAACUCAAGCCCUCCCACCAUGAGGAAUAGGUCUGGCACCAUCCAUACCUUCUUCGCCUUCCUUUCACCGUCUCAAUGGCUGGCGUCAAGAAACCUGUCAAUAUCUUCAAGCUGAAGGACUUGGGCGAGCCCAAGAAUGUCUUCAACUGGCGGUUAUGGUUUGCUGUGUUUUCCUUUGCCCUGCUGGGGGCAGCCCGAGGUGUGGACGAGGGGUUGAUUUCGGGGGCUUUCAACUCGGCCGACUUCAAGAACACCAUCAGCUACGACUCGUACAGCAAGGUUGAGCAGACCAACAUCAAGGCCAACGUCUCGGCUAUGGUCCAGAUUGGUUCCGUCGCCGGCGCACUCUUCGCUUUCCUGAUCUGCGAUCGCAUUGGUCGGAUAUGGGCCACACGCCAGCUGUGUCUUCUCUGGAUCCUGGGUAUUGCCAUUUUCAUGGGGAACAAUGGCAGCCUGGGUGCCGUUUAUGCUGGACGCUUUAUCGCCGGCAUGGGUGUUGGCCAAACUCCCGUCGUGGGUCCCAUCUACAUCGCCGAAAUUGCCCCUGCGUCGAUUCGCGGUCUUUGCACCUGCAUCUUCACCGGAUUUGUGUAUCUCGGCAUCGUCCUGGCGUACUUCGCCAAUUACGGUGCGCAAGUCACCCUGGGCGACCACACUCACGUCCGUUGGCUCGCGCCGACCAGCCUGCACAUCAUAUUUGCUGGCAUCAUCUUCAUCCUCUCAUUUUUCCAGUACGAGUCGCCUCGUUACCUCGUCAAGAGAGGCCAGCAUGAGGAGGCUCUCGUGAACAUGGCGCACAUCCGCCAUCUAACUGUUGAUGAUCCCUACGUUCUGAGAGAAAUCAACGCCAUUCAAGUGGCCCACGAUGAGGAGCUCGAAGCUACCAAGGGCACUGGACCCGUCGGCAUCCUCAAGGAGAUGUUCCUCAUUCCCAGCAACCUGUACCGCCUCCACAUGGCCUUCAUGACGCAGCUCUUGUCGCAAUGGUCCGGCGCCGGAUCCAUCACCCUAUACGCGCCCGACCUGUUCAAGUUGCUCGGCAUCACGGGCCAGGAUGAGUCUCUCCUGAUCUCGGGUGUCUUCGGCAUAGUCAAGCUCGUGGCCGCCAUUAUCUGUGCCCUGUUCCUGGUUGAUGUCAUCGGCCGCAAACGCGCUCUGCUCAUCGGCAUUAGCCUGCAGUCCAUAGCCAUGCUCUACAUCGCUGGUUUCCUCACCGCAGUGCCCGAGCUCGGCGUAGUUGAGAACUACGUUAUGCCUAAGCACGAGCUCGGCCCCAGCCGUGGCGCCAUUGCCAUGAUCUACGUGUCCGGCGCCGGAUGGGCGCUGGGGUGGAACUCGAUGCAGUACCUGCUGACUGCUGAGCUGUUCCCCCUGCGCAUUCGUGCCGUUUCCACGUCCAUGGCCAUGAUGCUGCACUUUGUCAACCAGUACGGCAACUCCCGUGCGGUGCCUAACAUGCUGUUGCCUGCCGGACAAGGCGGUAUCAGCCCCAAGGGGACGUUCUGGUCGUUUGCUGUUAUUACCCUUCUCGGGGGUGCUUGGGUCUGGUUCUUUGUACCGGAAACUGGGGGUCGUUCUCUUGAGUCUAUGAAUCGGCUGUUUGAACUGCCAUGGUACAAGAUUGGUCUGCACGGAAACGACGACGCCAACCGUAUGGAUACAGCUGAGAACGAAAAGCAGGAGAUAGCAGAAGGUGCCGAGCACUGCGAGGAGAAGCGGGCUCCUGGCGAUACCCGAGUAUGAUUGAACUGAGUUGAUGAUAGCGUGCUAUAUACAGAGAGUUCAAAGCAUUAAGGGGAGUUGGCAUGAUACCACAGCUGAGAGAAAGCGAAAAGUCUACUUAAAUUGGACAAUGAUUAAUAUAUUAUGAAUUUACGUUAACGUACCCCACAAGCAAGUUGGCCACUUUUUCUUGGCAC